AUGUCACUCGCAGCAACUCCCGGAGAGGCUCAUCUGCCCUUCCGCCGGUCGUGCGAUAGAUGUCACGGCCAAAAAGUCCGUUGCAUUAGGACGCAAGAGUCUAGUCAUCCUGACUCUGAGCCGUGUGUACGGUGCAAGAGAUCUGGCUCCAUAUGCAUCUUCAGCCCUCAACAGAAGCCUGGCCGGCCACCUCUCGGAAGUGAUGCCCGCGAGACAACGUCGUCUGCCAUGUAUUCACGGAAGAGACGGAGACAAUCACCCAGCUCUGUAGAUCUGCCUCAAUCUCCUCCUCCGACCUGCCCUGUGACCUCGUUGCCCGAUUCGGCGUCAGUAGUGGGCUCGUUAUCCUUAGAUCCAACGUUAUUUUCACCUUUUACGACCGGUGACGAAUUGGGCGAUGGCAGCUUCUCUGAUCCCGACUUUUUGAUGUCGAUUCCAACAAUGCCAUCAAUCGAUUCCCUGUCAUCAUCACCAAGGCAAAAGAGGUCCGUCUCUGAAGGAAACGCUGUGCACUCCGUCGUGGAUAACAUCGAGAGAGAUACAGAGGAGCUGGGCAACCUUACCCUCCAAGUCUAUCGCGCAGCCAGGGCGCUCUCGUCGUCUUAUCCUACAUCGCUAGCGGUAUCCUCACCAUCUUUAAACGAGAUAUUUGCUUCCACAGAGGCCCUAAUCAGCAUCAUUCGUCGAAAUACCAGCGGCAGCUCUAAUGACAAUAAAUAUGAUCCCUUUUCGACUGCCGAUCCUGCUGGCUUCAGUCCUCAGGCAGACUGGGAAGAGUUUAAUUGGCUUCAGAGCCCACCACACCAUGAAUGGGUGUUACCCCAAAUGUCCUCAACAGUCAACAAGGCCCCAGAUACAAGCAUCGUAUUGAUGAUCCUAGCCUGCCAUCAGCGCCUUCUUACUACUCUGGGAGGUAUUUUGUUCUAUAUUUCACGCCAUCUCCGGCAGCAGCAGCAGCCCCAGAAUUUGCCAAUCGGGGCCUCUCAUUUCAUAGAAUUGCCAACGACACAGGCUCUUAUCAUUGUGAACCUGGUCAGUCACCAACUCCAACGACUAGAUCGAGCCGUUGGGCUUCUAGCCGAAGAUGGUGGAACAAAGGGACAGCUGGGUUCUGCAGCACGAACGAUUGCGACGCGGACUCUCUCACCUCUAUCCCCAGAGCAAUCUAAGUCUCCUCAGUCCGUCUCGGAUACUGAAGAUCAAUCAUCGCAAAGCAAGCUGAAAACUGCAACCAACAGUGAUAGUGACGAGCUCGGCAUUGCUACAAGCAUCGACAGCUCGUCCAGCGGGUCUCACAAGGCCAUUACUUUAGCCAUAGAUAUGAUGACGCACCGUCAAGAACAACUGCAAAAGCAAAUCAAGACGGUGAAGCAGCAAAUUAGCAACUUUGACUCAAUCUGA